GUCACGUGACUUCUAGGAAGAGCUCAGAGGUCCGCUGGAUCCGUCGGUGUCGGGAGGAAGGGACAGAAACUCCUCGCGUCCCACGCCUCACCUGGGACUCGCGCAGGUUCUCUCUCAACCGACGACGUCAGGCUCGAGCGAUGGCGGGGAGGAUUCGCUCCACUCGCAGACUGCGCUCCUGGAUGGUCGAGCAGGUGAACAGCGGCAGGUUUCUCGGCGUGAUGUGGGACGACGAGGACAAGACCAUGUUCCGGAUCCCCUGGAAACACGCGGGGAAGCAGGACUUCCGGCAGGACGAGGACGCUGCCAUCUUCAAGGCCUGGGCCCAGUUCAAAGGGAAGCUGACGGACGAGGACAGGAACCCGGCCACCUGUAAGACCCGCCUGCGCUGCGCCCUCAACAAGAGCCCCGAGUUCUGCGAGGUUCCGGACCGAGCCCAGCUGGACAUCUCCGAACCCUACAAGGUCUACAGGCUGGUCCCGCUCAGCGAACAGGGCCUCCAGCCCAGGAAACAGGACCAACAGAAACCCCUGAAGAGGUCGAAGAGGCGGGUCAGCGGGUCAGAGGUCAGCGAGGACAAGAAGGUCAAGACAGAGGAGGAAGUGCCCACCCCCGACCAGAGCGGCGUCGAGUCGUCGCUGCGGAUCGAAGACCCGGCCCAAAGCGAAGACGCCGACUCGGUCCAGGGCCAGAAGAUGAAGGAGAUCCAGGUGGACCUUCGGAUCGAGGAGAGCGUGGCGGCGCCACCUGGAGACCUGGACCUGCUGAACGUGAAGAUCUACUACCUGGGCCAGGAAGUCCUCCAGACCCAGAUCCACGGCGGCAACCUCCGGAUCCUGUACCUGCCCACGCCGCUCAUCCCGCCCACGCUGGCCGCCGUCAGGGACCGCUUCACGCCGGUGCCGCUGCCGGAGCCGCCGCCCGAGCUGAAGCUGGGCCCGGAGACGCAGGCGCUGCGGGACCUCCUGCCCUUCAUGGAGAAGGGCGUGAUGCUCACCUCCACGGACCAGGGCGUGUACGGCAGCCGCUCCUGCAGCGGCCGGGUCUUCUGGGCCGGACACUCGCUCACGGCAGAACCGCACAAGCUGGAGCGCAAGGUCAGGCCGGUGCUGCUGUUCAGCAAAGAGGCGUUCAAGGAUGAGCUGGACCGCUUCUGUUCCAGUGGCGGCGUCACCGACCCGCCUCGCUGCAGCAUCACGCUGUGCUUCGGAGAAGAACUGAGAAGCACCGACGACCUCGCCAAGAAGCUCAUCAUCGUCCAAGUGGGCGUGUCGUGGGCCGAGCAGCAGCUGCGGGACACCUGCUCCGUCCUGGGAACCAUCAGCUUCCUGCAGACUCUGGCGGGUCAGUCUCCACAGGGGGAGGUGACUCUGGACCUGGUCAGUGUGACGCCCGACUCCGACUCCUGAGCCAGCCAGCAGCGAUUCAUGCUUUCGUCCCCACACAUUCAUUCAUCCAUUCAUUCACCAUUUGAAGCGUCAACACUAACAAACUGCUCUGUGCGUCUCUGUGGAAUAAAAAGCCUCUGUGGUCUCUGGCGCCUGCGUGAGUGACGGCAGCUGAGCCCCGCCCCCUGCACCGAGGUCAGAGGUCACGCUGAUCCUCCUGCUGGUGGGGCUGCACCUGAUCCUCCUGCCCAGCUCCUCCUCAGGAGUCACUCGGUGAGGAGGCCCCGGGGCCGAGCUAGACCUGGAGAGCGCACAAGCACCCGACCAGCACCGGCGUUUAGAACAGACCAGCCAGAACCAGCAGGACGGUGAGGCAUUUUAUUGGUCGGGCCGGACAAAGCUCCGCCCCCGUUCUCUCUGGAAAAACAGUCCAAGUGUAGCGUCGUUCGGAGCAGGUCACAUGACCCGUCCCCCCCUCCCAUCAAUCUACGGCUGUGAACCCGGGCCGGGUCUCGGGCGAAUCGGCUCCGGGGCGUGCGUCUGUGCCGAGUCAGCGCUGCUCCGCUCAGACGUUCCCGUUGGCCGGCGACGUCAGCUCCUCGAUCCGGCUGUUGAGCCGCUGGUUGGUCCAGUCUUGGGUGAUGUCGUCCAGGUGCGUGUCGAAGUCCACCAGCAG